UGGCGCAACAGCUGUUUCUCACCAAUCAGCGUAAUUCAACCUGUUAUUUUCUGUUUUUCGAUGUAAUUGCAACUGCUCGUUUCCUGUAUACUUCCCAGGACACAUCCAUUCAAGUCAAAGUUGAGUAAUCGCUACCGUCGGCUGCGAAAUUUAUGGACGAGUAGAGAAACAAUGGCGGAUGGAGGAAACCGAUUCCCUCGAGUUCUCUCGGUGCUCGCAAUAGUGAUAUUUAGAGGCGUUACGUCCAAUAUCGACAAUGGAAACUUCGACGAUGGAAAUAACUUCGAUGAAUUCGAAAUUCCUUACCGACGCUUUCACGAUCAGUCCCACACGCCGUUGCAUCCCGUUGAAAAUCAUUUCUGGCAAAGUCCCAAAAAUCUUGGCGAGGUUUCCGGUGUCGCGGUGGACCCGAUGGGGAAUCUCGUGAUUUUUCACCGCGGAGAUAGAACAUGGAAUUACGACACUUUCAACGAGGAUGUAGAGUACCAAAAAAAAUACAGAGGUCCCAUUCGUGAUAACACAGUAUUAACGCUGGAUCCGAAAACCGGCGAUAUUAUAAGUGGUUGGGGAAAUCAGACGUUUUAUUUACCGCAUGGAAUCCACGUCGAUCCCUUUGGAAAUAUAUGGUUGACUGAUAUUGCUCUCCAUCAAGUAUUCAAGUAUUCGGCUUCUGGCGUCCCUCAACUGAUUCUCGGUCAAAGAUUCGAGCCUGGAAGCGACAUAGAACAUUUCUGCCAGCCAACCUCGGUUGCGGUUUUACCGGGUGGCGAGAUCGUUGUCGCUGACGGAUAUUGCAACAAUAGAUUAGUACUGUUUGAUAAAAGAGGCAACCCCAAGUACACUAUUGACGAAAGAUGGAUUACUUUGAGAAUCCCGCAUGCCCUGACAGUCUUGCCAAAUAGACAAGUAUGUGUCGCUGAUCGCGAAAAUUGGAGAAUUGUGUGUCUGGACGUGACGUAUUCCGGAUUUAGUCAAAAUGUGGAACCCCCCUAUUCGAUUCGUCAUCGGCAAUUUGGCCGAAUAUUUGGAAUUGUGUCGUACCAUGGUUUCAUUUACGCUGUUAACGGCGUGACAUCUAGAAAUAUACCGAUUCAGGGUUUCACCAUCGAUUCCAUGAAUCAGAACGUAACCGGAUAUUGGAGUCCUGAAUCCUCAUCUUUCAAGACGCCCCACGCCAUCGCUGUGUGUCCGUACGGUAAGGCCCUUUACGUGUCAGAAAUUGGACCAAACAAAAUAUGGAAGUUCGACCUAGUGAGCAAAUCCAACUAACGCAGAACUGUUAAACAACCAGUAUUACAGCUGAAAUCUGUCGUCUGACGCCAUUUAUAUAAUUCUGGAGAUAAAGCAUGGGAACCAAAUUUGUGAAAAGCACAAUGAAAUACAAUUUUUCUCUUCCACUACCUCAGCAUAUCACGAAGUGUGAAAAAA